UACAAAUUAAAAAAAAAAAACAUGGCCAAAUUACAUAACAACACCAUCUAUUCCAUUCUCUUUACAAUUACAUUUCUUUCAUGUUCAAAAUUACUAUCAUUCCCUCUCAAUUACAUUUCACUUGUUAUCCCUUUACUUCCCCUUGUUGUCCAUUUCCUCUAUGUUAACAAGUCCCAAAAUAUCCUCCCACCGGGCCCACGAGCGGUCCCGAUUUUCGGUAAUUGGCUUCAAGUCGGUAACGACUUGAACCAUAGAUUCCUAGCGACCAUGGCACAAACCUAUGGUCCAAUAUUUUUGCUCAAACUAGGGUCGAAAAAUUUAGCUGUCGUAUCGAAUCCUGAACUAGCUAACCAAGUCCUACACACACAAGGGGUCGAGUUCGGGUCCCGUCCACGUAACGUUGUGUUUGACAUAUUUACGGGGAAGGGACAAGACAUGGUGUUCACAAUUUAUGGUGAGCACUGGCGAAAAAUGAGACGUAUCAUGACACUACCAUUUUUCACUAACAAAGUGGUGCACCAAUAUAGUGAUAUGUGGGAAAAUGAGAUGGACCUAGUUGUUGAUGACUUGAAAAAUGUGAAAUUUGAGGGAAUUGUUAUAAGGAAACGUUUGCAAUUGAUGUUAUAUAAUAUUAUGUAUAGAAUGAUGUUUGAUGCCAAAUUUGAGUCUCAAGAUGAUCCUUUGUUUAUUGAGGCAACUAAGUUCAAUUCAGAGAGAAGCAGAUUAGCUCAGAGCUUUGAUUACAAUUAUGGUGAUUUUAUCCCUUUGCUUAGACCAUUCUUGAGAGGGUAUCUUAAUAAGUGCAAAGACUUGCAAACAAGGAGACUUGCAUUCUUCAAUAAUUAUUUUGUAGAGAAAAGAAGGAAAAUAAUGGGUGAAAAUGGAGAAAAACACAAGAUAAGCUGUGCUAUUGAUCACAUAAUAGAUGCUCAAAUGAAAGGAGAAAUAAGUGAAGACAAUGUGUUGUAUAUUGUGGAGAAUAUCAAUGUUGCAGCAAUUGAAACAACUCUAUGGUCCAUGGAAUGGGCUAUAGCUGAGCUUGUCAAUCACCCAACUGUUCAACAGAAAAUUAGGGAUGAAAUCUCAACUGUCCUUAAAGGCAAGUCAGUCACAGAAUCAAACCUCCAUGAACUGCCCUACUUGCAAGCCACAGUAAAUGAGACACUAAGACUCCACACACCAAUACCAUUACUAGUACCCCAUAUGAAUCUUGAUGAAGCAAAGUUAGGAGAUUACACUAUUCCUAAAGAAACUAAGGUGGUUGUGAAUGCAUGGUGGUUGGCUAACAACCCUGCAUGGUGGAAAAACCCUAAUGAGUUCCGGCCCGAGCGGUUUCUUAAGGAGGAUGGUGGCACGGAGGCAGCUGUUGCUGGUGGUAAGGUGGAUUUCAGGUACUUGCCGUUUGGUAUGGGGAGGCGGAGCUGCCCCGGAAUCAUCCUUGCACUGCCAAUUUUGGGGCUUGUGAUAGCCAAACUAGUGUCAAAUUUUGAUAUGCAGGCUCCUCCAGGUGAGGGAAAAGUUGAUACAAGUGAGAAAGGAGGGCAGUUUAGCUUGCACAUUGCAAAACAUUCCACGGUUGUGUUCAAGCCUCUUGCUGCAUAAUAUGCUUUCCACAAGCUUACCAGAAAGCAAAAUUACUGUCACUCUUGAAAGAUUUCAAUGAAUAUUUUGUAGUUUUUUUUUCCACCUCUUUGUAUUACCAUA